AUGGACGAGCGGUUCGUGAAAGAACUCGACCAGUUGCUGGGCCUUGUGGCCCUCACCGUUGACCCUCAAAAAGUGCCGAUGAAAAAUCUCCUUGGAGAGGUUCGAAGAAUGGUCGAAGAGAUGCAACUCGCUUAUGACGGAGAUUGUGCCAAAUGGCAAAAAGAUGCGAACAGACAGCUGGACGAGAAGUUCGCCAAGCUGGAUAGCCUCAAUGAAUUGGCCAAUCGCACACAGGAGGCCAUAGCUGAUUUUCAGCAGGCACUCGACGACCUGGCGAGUAAUGAACUCCUCAAAAGGAAGUUGACUGGGAUCAGGAACCUCCUCCAGUCGUAUGCUGAAGAAGGCGGCAAGAUGUUUCGUACAGUCACGCAGGAUGUCAGAGCCUUGCAGAACAGUGUUGAUGGCAUCAAGAGAGACAUGCCAAAUAUCGCAACAAAUGAUACUGUUAGUCGAUAUUUCGACGAGGCAAGGCGAAGAAACGAGUCUCUGACCAAGCAUGUGGAGGGGAUUAAAGACAGAAUGUCAAAUGUUGCACAAAGAGAGGUGCUCAACGAAGUUUCCGCCAAUGCUAAACAGCAUCAGGACAUGUCAAAGGAAUCGUUUGCCAAGUUGCAAGACUCGUUGUCGCAUACUGCGCAACAAGAGACCUUAGUGACCAUAUGUGACAAAGUCGACAGAGCAGCGAUUAUGACCCAAAGGAUCCUCGCUAGGGUUGAUGCUCAUGGAACUGAGCUUCCCAACCUCGGCCGAACGAUGAGUCGCGUAGAGAAGAAUACAGGGGCUGGCAUUGGCCACAUAACCCAAAAGCAUGGUGAACUUUCUGAGACAUGCGAGUCCACCAACCGGGGAGUCGGCAACUUGGUUCAAAAGGUUGACAAUGCCGCUGGGUCGAUCAAUAGCAGAAUUGAUUCCGUGGCUAAGGAGUUGAUACAAGAGACUCAAAAGUAUGCCCAGGAGUUGCUGAACUUGCAAAAGGAGCUUGACGCAUCGAAGCUUGAGAAGACCGAGAUCGAGAAGCGUGAAGCCAAUGGCAACACGAGAUAUGACGAAGAGCAGAAGCGUCUCGAAGAACAAGUGCGAGUUUUGGAGGAAAAGUUGGAAGCUGCCAAUAACGAAAACAUGUUAGAGGCUUGCAAUUUCGACAUGAAACAUGAAGAGUGGGACGAAUGCAAACGUCACCUUAAUGAAGAGAUUAAGAAGCGCGAUACGGAAAUCGAGAAUCUCCUGGCUGAAGUCGAAAUCUUAAAAGACGACAAGGCAGUUCUUCAACGAGAGACUAUAGACGGCACUUUUACUCGCGAAGCCCUUGACAAGGAAGCCGAGAAACUGGAGCAGGACAUUGACGAUCUGAAGUCUGAACUGAACUCCAGUAAACUAUUGCGCCAGGAACAAGAACUUCGAAUUGGAGAGCUUGACGCCGUUGUCGCGAAACUUCAUGGUCAGCGGGGCCAAGAGGAACUGUGUGCGACACUGAUGCAGAGUAUUGACAAAGCAUAUCACAGCAGUGCCGAAGACUUCAAUAUCGAGAUGUACAAACAGAGGGGUGAAAGCUUCGAAGCAGUCAACAGGGACGCGAAAAGGAAAGAGGGCGAUGCCAUACGGGACCUCGAGACUCUGAACGAAAGUUUGAAGGCAGCGCAAGAGUCCCUGGACAAUGAAAAGCGUGCGGUCGCUAAGAAAGAAGAAGACCUGGUCCAUUCAAGAAAUGCCUUGAGCGAGUUGCAGGGAGCCUUGGAUCGGGCAAAUGAUCAAAUCAUCAGUCAAGAACUUGAACUCUGUCAAAUCAAGUCGGAAUCCGACUUGAUGAGAGAAACGGUUGAUGAGAGGGAAGAACGGCUUUCGGCCAGAGAGAAGAACCUCGAAGAGAGAGAGAAAUCCCUCGCCCAGCGCGAACCACCACCAGAUGGUCCACGUAAACGGCGACGCGAGAGCUCUCCUGAGCCCAUUGGGUCGCGCACCUUAUUCGCCCGUGGUAUGGACAGCCUGGCAUCUCGAGCCAAUUAUUUCCAUGUCGUGAAUGAUGCCCACUUUGACCUGCAGAUGAUGACAACCUUUGCCAGUUACCUAGGCUCAGAGAAGUACUUCCAAAGGUUCCGCAGUUUCCUUCAUAAUGGAACCUUGGAUAAAUGGUUUUGCUUUGAAGAAGUCUCUCAUAGAGGGAGUAAAAGCAACAUUGAGGUUACCACAAGUAAUGGUGGUUGCAAAGCACAUAGCAAUAUGCAGUGCAUGCUUGUUAUGGUUAUAAUGGAUAAGGAGACAAGAUAUCUUCAAUUUAGAUAUAAUUAG